AUGGUGUUCAUCGACCAGAUAAGACAUACGACAAAGUCUCAAGGGAUGUUCUAUGGAGCUGCUUGGAGGCUGGAGGUGUACUUGUGGCGUACACUAGGGCGAUCAAGGACACGUACGAUGGAGCCAAGCCCUGGAAUAAUUGUGGUUUAUGAUGUAACCGACCAAGAGAGCUUCAACAAUGUCAAGCAAUGGUUGAGUGAAAUAGACCGAUAUGCAAGUGAUAAUGUGAACAAACUUCUUGUUGGAAAUAAGUGUGAUCUCACAGCACAGAAGGUAGUUUCCACAGAGACAGCUCAGGCUUUUGCUGAUGAAAUUGGCAUACCUUUCAUGGAAACAAGUGCAAAAAGUGUCACUAAUGUAGAACAGGCUUUCAUGGCUAUGGCUGCUUCAAUCAAGAACAGAAUGGCAAGCCAACCGGCAAGAGCGGUUGCUGUUCAUCUUGAAAGGACGAAGCUCUGUUGCCUUGAUGAUGAUUCUGAUGUGGAGUUGUGGUGA